AUGUAGAAAAAAAAAUUUCAUCACAACAAUAAUAUGAUAAACAACUAUCAUUACUCAAAUGAAGAAGAAGAUCUCAAAGACUCAUUAUAUGGAAUUUCAGAAGUCAUUCCCCUAUAGUGUUAUGAAUCUCCUAAUAUUGAACAAGAGUAAGAACUUUAAGACAUUAUUUUAUAAGAUUAUCCUAUAAUGAUCAAUAAGGAUAUAGAAAGAAAAAUUUAUAAAGUUGAUCAUCCUUUGAAGAUUAAUGAUUUUACUCAAUAAAAUUUACACAAGAAUUUCAAUCUAUAUAAUUAACCUAAAAAAGACAAUGCUUUUAAAAAGCCUUCAUUCAUUAGAAGUCGAAUUUAUAAAUAAUACAUAUCUCAUAGAACCAAAAUGAAUACAGAAAAAAUUGAAUGA